CCACAGGUGUUUGGAAUUUGUGUAGGGUUGCAUUCUGUUAAAUUGUGAAGAUAUUGAAAUCACAAUGAACCAUCGUAGCACAAUCGAUCUGGAACAUGGAUGGGACUUCAUGCAAAGGGGCAUUACAAAGCUGAAGAACAUUCUAGAAGGGCUGCCUGAGCCUCAGUUCAGCUCAGAGGACUAUAUGAUGCUGUAUACGACAAUUUACAACAUGUGUACUCAAAAGCCCCCACAUGAUUAUUCUCAACAGCUGUAUGACAAAUAUCGUGAAGCUUUUGAAGAAUAUAUCACAACAACGGUAUUGCCUUCUUUGAGAGAAAAACAUGACGAGUUCAUGUUGCGAGAGCUGGUAAAAAGGUGGUCAAAUCAUAAGGUCAUGGUCAGAUGGUUGUCGAGAUUCUUCCAUUAUCUUGACCGCUAUUUCAUUGCCCGGAGAUCUCUGCCGGGGCUUAAUGAAGUUGGAUUAACUUGCUUCCGUGAUCAGGUCUACCAAGAGUUGAAUGGAAAAGUCAGGGAUGCUGUUAUAUCUCUGAUUGAUCAAGAGCGUGAGGGAGAGCAAAUUGACAGAGCCCUACUAAAGAAUGUGCUAGAUAUAUUUGUUGAAAUUGGAAUGGGAUCAAUGGAUUAUUAUGAGAACGAUUUUGAAGCUGCAAUGCUCAAGGAUACAGCGGCUUAUUAUUCUCGCAAAGCUUCUAACUGGAUCCUCGAAGAUUCAUGUCCAGAUUAUAUGCUGAAAGCCGAGGAGUGCUUGAAACGGGAGAAGGAUAGGGUUUCUCAUUAUCUCCAUUCAAGCAGCGAGACAAAGUUGCUUGAGAAAGUGCAACAUGAGUUGUUGUCUGUGUAUGCCACUCAACUUCUUGAGAAGGAUUACUCUGGAUGCCAUGCGUUACUAAGAGAUGAUAAGGUUGAAGAUUUAUCAAGGAUGUAUAGGCUCUUUUCGAAGAUCCCUCGAGGCUUAGACCCUGUGGCUAAUAUUUUUAAGCAGCAUGUUACUGCUGAAGGUACAGCUUUGGUAAAACAGGCUGAAGAUGCUGCUAGCAAUAAAAAGGCAGAGAAGAGAGAUGUGGUUGGUUUGCAGGAACAGGUUUUUGUUCGGAAAGUGAUUGAGCUUCACGAUAAAUAUUUGGCGUAUGUGAAUAACUGUUUCCAAAACCACACACUUUUUCACAAGGCACUUAAAGAGGCUUUCGAACUUUUCUGCAACAAGGGUGUUGCUGGUAGCUCAAGCGCUGAACUUCUUGCCACCUUCUGUGACAACAUUCUCAAAAAAGGCGGGAGUGAGAAAUUGAGUGAUGAAGCCAUUGAAGAGACGUUGGAAAAGGUGGUAAAGCUGCUAGCUUAUAUUAGUGAUAAGGACUUGUUUGCAGAAUUCUAUAGGAAAAAGCUAGCCCGGCGGUUGUUAUUUGAUAAGAGUGCCAAUGAUGAACAUGAGAGAAGUAUCCUAACAAAGUUGAAGCAGCAGUGCGGGGGGCAGUUCACAUCAAAGAUGGAGGGAAUGGUCACAGAUUUGACAUUGGCAAGGGAAAAUCAAGCCAGCUUUGAGGAGUAUUUGAGCAAUAAUCCAAUAGCAAAUCCAGGAAUUGACUUGACGGUGACUGUCUUGACUACUGGCUUCUGGCCUAGCUACAAGUCUUUUGAUCUCAACCUCCCAGCAGAAAUGGUUAGGUGCGUUGAAGUAUUCAAGGAGUUUUAUCAAACAAAAACGAAGGACAGGAAACUUACGUGGAUAUACUCUUUGGGAACUUGCAACAUAAAUGGAAAUUUUGAGCCGAAGACUGUUGAGCUCGUUGUCACUACUUAUCAGGCUUCUGCUCUGCUGCUCUUCAAUGCAUCGGAUAGAUUGAGUUAUCAGGAAAUCAUGACGCAACUAAAUUUAUCAGAUGAUGAUGUUGUUCGGCUUCUUCAUUCCCUUUCAUGUGCGAAGUACAAGAUUCUCAACAAGGAGCCAAGCACCAAAACAAUUUUUCCGACUGAUGUCUUUGAGUUCAACUCAAAGUUCACUGACAAAAUGAGGAGGAUCAAGAUACCUCUCCCUCCUGUUGAUGAGAAGAAAAAGGUAAUUGAAAACGUUGACAAGGAUAGGCGGUAUGCUAUAGAUGCUUCGAUUGUGCGUAUUAUGAAGAGUCGUAAAGUACUGGGCUACCAGCAACUGGUCAUUGAAUGCGUUGAGCAGUUGGGACAGAUGUUCAAGGCUUCUGAUCUGCUGUUCUUUAAUGCAUCAGAUAGAUUGAGUUAUCAGGAAAUCAUGGCGCAAUUAAACCUAUCAGAUGAUGAUGUUGUUCGGCUUCUUCAUUCCCUUUCAUGUGCCAAGUACAAGAUUCUCAACAAGGAGCCAAGCACCAAAAUAAUUUCUCCGACUGAUGUCUUUGAGUUCAACUCAAAGUUCACUGACAAAAUGAGGAGGAUCAAGAUACCUCUCCCUCCUGUUGAUGAGAAGAAAAAGGUAAUUGAAGACGUUGACAAGGAUAGGCGGUAUGCUAUAGAUGCUUCAAUUGUGCGUAUUAUGAAGAGUCGUAAAGUAUUGGGCUACCAGCAACUGGUCUUGUAAUGCGUUGAGCAAUUGGGACGGAUGUUCAAGCCUGAUGUCAAAGCUAUCAAGAAGAGAAUCAAAGAUUUGAUAACUAGAGAUUUACCUAGAGAGGGAUAAAGAUAAUCCAAACUUGUUCAAGUACUUGGCAUGAUUUGUGCAGAUCAUAUGAGUGAUGUUUGUAUGAACUUCUGCAAUCGACAUAGGAGGAGAAACAUGCCGCCCAAGAUGAAGAAGAAUUUCUUUAGCUCCUACCCCUCUGGACCUUUGUGUCUUGCAGCAGGAGCUUGAAACAUUUUGUACAAAUGGUUAAGAUCUCAGGAAAUAAUAGAAUUGCCUCUUAGAUACUUGAGAUGCGAUUGCCUUAACUUCUUCCAAUCUUAUAAGCCCCUUUCGCUUGAUUUAUUCUAUGUUUUGUCGGCUA